CUUUUAUUGAAGAACCACCAACCUAGCCUUCACCUUCACCACCAUCUUUCACCGGAACCUCUUGCUGGGACACCGCAGACUAGAUGCUCUCGUCUCGCAUGGCCCUCCCAUGAUGGGUGACGCACCCGAGUCUCCGAGACGACGCCACAUCCUUUCCGCCAUCAACCCGGACCGUCCCCGGAAGCGAGAUCGGGAUCCAGAGGAGGAUCAGUAUCGAACCCGAGGUCGAACUCGAGACAAGACGAAAGACGCCAAGGAUGAUCCCGUAAAGGAACCAACCCCGGGCGCGACCUCACGACGGACCGAGGACGGCGCAGAUGGCGAGACCGACAAGACAAAGCCCAGGCCGUCACGCCUAAAGCUGAAGGACCACAAAUCCCGUCGCCGUUCCUCUCGCGAUCGCGAUCGCGGUCGUGAUCAUGACAAAAACCGCCACCGCGAUGACGACUCCCACCACCGGUCGCACCGUCACCGUCACCGUCGAAGACACCGAUCUCCCACCCCGCCCAAUCCCUUUGAACAACAGACGCUAGACCCCGACACUGCCUUUAGGGAGUCUCUCUUCGACGCUAUGGCAGACGAUGAGGGGGCUUCAUAUUGGCAAGGGGUCUAUGGACAGCCUGUUCACGUUUACCCAAACGAGAAGGUUGGACCUUCGGGCGAGCUCGAGCAGAUGACGGAAGAGGAGUAUGCUACAUACGUCCGCCGGAAGAUGUGGGAGAAGACAAAUGCCGGCCUUUUGGAAGAAAAGGCCCGGCGUGAGGAAGCAAAGAAGCGCAAAGAGGAGGAGGCUCGUCACAACCGCAAACUCCAGGAAGAGAUGGAGCAUAGCCUCCGCCGUGGCGAGGAGCGCAGGCAGCGGCGCACAUGGGCCGCCCGCUGGGAGGAAUACACGAAGGCGUGGUCUGCCUGGGAUGGCACGCCCGAAACACUCAACUGGCCGGUUGAGAGCGGAAAGCGGCAGGAUGUAGAAGAGAAGCAGGUCCGAGCCUUCUUUGUCCAUUCUCUCAGCCUCGAAGACGUUGGGCAAAAAGAGUUUGCAGCCAGGCUCAAAGAAGAGCGUGUGCGCUGGCACCCAGAUAAGAUGCAACAACGGCUGGGCGGUCAGGUGGACGGCGAUAUCAUGAAAGACGUGACGGCCAUUUUCCAAAUCAUUGAUAGACUCUGGGGAGAAGCUCGAGGCACAAGCUAAUCGAGAGGCGGCUUCGGCGGUUGACAACAUAUGAUAGAUACCCUUACCCUGUACUUUAGAUGAGCGACAUGUUGGCUGGGAACGGUACUACCUAGAGCUACUUGACUUAGGACCGGUGAAGUGAACACUACGGAUGAAAUACAUAUUGCUGAAACCCC